CGCGAAUAUUGUAUCGAUACUAUCGCGUUUGUACAGGCUCGCUUCGUCGUCAUGCUGCGAAUUUGUUCGAAAAUUAAGUGAAAUACAGCGCAUUAAAAGUGAAAAGUAUGUGCAGCCUGUGCAGGGCCCAACUGGCGAUCAGCCGCGUGUGAUUGUGGCCGCCGCAGCAGCGUUUUGGCAGCGCCCCAAGCAAACGAAAAAGAUAGAAAAAAAGAACGCCAGACAGACAAGACUUGCCUUGCACUACUACUACUCGAAUCGUUUCAUUCGUUCCGUUCGUAUACCGAGUUUGCUGCCCUGUCCCUGUCUUCUCACGCGAGUUCGUUUUUAGUAUAUAUAGCCAGUCUGUGGACGGUCGUCAAUGCGUGAAUAUUCUUCUAUGUCUAACAUAACCUCAAACUCGCCGCUGCAGUCGUCGUCGUCAUCAUCAGCGUCAGCGUUGUUGUUGUUGGUGGUUACCGGUGCUCCAUCAGUAGCCGCCACAAAUCUGGGAAAAUCCGAUCGCCGGGAGCAUAGUAGCCAGCAGCAGCAGCGCAGCCGAUGAGCAGCCAUGAAUGAGAAAAUAAAGUCGCCGCAAACGCAGCAGCAGCAAGGUGGCGCUCCUGCCCCCGCUGCCACGCCCCCAUCGGCUGGAGCGGCUCCUGGUGGUGGUGCCACACCGCCCACCUCGGGUCCGCCCACGCCCAACAACAAUAGCAACAACGGCAGUGAUCCCAGCAUCCAACAGCAGCAGCAACAACAGCAAAAUGUUGCCCCACAUCCAUACGGCGCACCACCGCCCCCAGGAUCCGCGCCUGGAGGACCACCAGGACCGGAUCCCGCUGCAGUCAUGCACUAUCACCAUCUGCACCAGCAACAGCAGCAUCCGCCACCGCCCCACAUGCAGCAGCAGCAGCAACAACAACAGCAGCAGCAGCAGCACCACGGCGGACCUGCCCCGCCGCCGCCCGGAGGAGCACCUGAGCAUGCGCCCGGCGUCAAGGAGGAGUACGCCCACCUGCCGCCGCCGCAUCCGCAUCCGGCCUACGGUCGCUACCACGCCGAUCCCAACAUGGAUCCCUAUCGCUAUGGCCAACCGCUGCCCGGUGGAAAGCCUCCACAGCAACAGCAGCAGCAGCAGCCACAUCCUCAGCAGCAACCGCCGCAGCAGCCGGGACCCGGUGGUUCACCCAAUCGUCCGCCGCAGCAGCGUUACAUACCCGGACAGCCGCCGCAGGGUCCCACGCCCACGCUGAACUCGCUGUUGCAGUCCUCGAAUCCGCCGCCACCACCGCAGCACCGCUAUGCCAACACCUACGAUCCCCAACAGGCGGCCGCUUCGGCGGCAGCGGCGGCGGCGGCUGCUCAGCAGCAAGGAGGCGGACCACCGCCCCCGGGACACGGACCUCCGCCUCCGCAACACCAGCCAUCGCCGUACGGGGCGCAGCAGGGCGGCUGGGCACCGCCUCCACGGCCCUACAGUCCGCAGCUGGGACCGUCGCAGCAGUACAGGACACCACCACCGACAAAUACUUCCAGGGGUCAGUCACCCUAUCCGCCAGCUCACGGUCAAAAUUCAGGUUCCUAUCCUAGUUCGCCGCAGCAGCAGCAACAGCAGCAGCAACAACAACAGCAGCAGCAGCAACAGCAGGCGGGACAGCAGCCCGGCGGUCCUGUGCCGGGCGGACCACCUCCUGGCGCCGGACAGCAGCCGCCGCAGCAAAACACACCGCCAACAUCUCAAUAUUCGCCGUACCCGCAACGCUAUCCCACACCGCCGGGACUGCCGGCGAGCGGACCCAACCAUCGAACUGCCUACUCGACGCACCAGUAUCCCGAACCGAAUCGACCUUGGCCAGGUGGGUCCUCGCCCAGCCCCGGUCCCGGACAUCCCUUGCCGCCCGCCUCCCCGCACCAUGUGCCGCCCCUGCAGCAGCAGCCGCCACCACCGCCACACGUCACCGCCGGCGGACCGCCGCCCAGCAGCAGUCCUGGCCAUGCGCCCAGUCCAUCACCUCAACCCUCGCAGGCGUCGCCCUCGCCGCACCAGGAGCUAAUUGGACAGAACAGCAACGACAGCUCCAGCGGCGGGGCGCACAGUGGCAUGGGCUCUGGUCCGCCAGGCACCCCCAAUCCCCAACAGGUGAUGCGACCUACACCCUCGCCCACCGGCUCCUCCGGUUCGCGUUCCAUGUCCCCGGCAGUCGCCCAAAACCAUCCAAUCUCGCGUCCGGCGAGCAACCAGUCGAGCAGCGGCGGACCCAUGCAACAGCCGCCGGUUGGGGCGGGUGGCCCACCCCCGAUGCCACCGCACCCGGGAAUGCCAGGAGGUCCGCCCCAGCAGCAGCAGCAAUCUCAGCAGCAACAAGCAUCGAAUUCGGCCUCGUCGGCGAGUAAUUCGCCGCAGCAAACACCGCCACCGGCACCGCCGCCAAACCAGGGCAUCAACAACAUGGCCACGCCCCCACCACCACCGCAGGGGGCGGCGGGAGGAGGCUACCCAAUGCCGCCGCACAUGCACGGCGGCUACAAGAUGGGCGGACCGGGCCAGAGUCCCGGGGCACAGGGAUAUCCGCCGCAGCAGCCACAGCAAUAUCCACCAGGCAACUACCCGCCACGCCCGCAGUAUCCGCCUGGCGCUUACGCCACCGGACCACCACCGCCGCCCACCAGCCAAGCAGGAGCAGGUGGUGCCAACAGCAUGCCUUCGGGGGCCCAGGCUGGCGGCUAUCCAGGUCGAGGCAUGCCCAACCACACUGGCCAAUAUCCGCCGUAUCAGUGGGUUCCGCCUUCGCCUCAGCAAGCCGGACCCGGCGGAGCUCCCGGCGGUGCGAUGGUGGGCAAUCAUGUGCAGGGCAAGGGCACACCGCCACCACCGGUUGUGGGCGGACCUCCGCCACCUCAGGGCAGUGGAUCGCCUCGACCAUUGAACUAUCUGAAGCAGCAUUUACAGCACAAGGGCGGCUAUGGAGGAAGUCCGACACCGCCGCAAGGGCCGCAAGGCUACGGCAACGGGCCGACCGGAAUGCAUCCGGGCAUGCCGAUGGGACCACCCCACCACAUGGGACCUCCGCACGGACCCACAAACAUGGGUCCACCCACCAGCACGCCGCCGCAGUCUCAGAUGCUCCAGGGCGGCCAGCCCCAGGGGCAGGGACAGGGCGGCGGCGGAGGAGGAGGACCGGAAAGCGGCGGCCCCGAGCAUAUAUCGCAGGACAACGGGAUCAGCUCUUCGGGACCUACGGGUGCCGCGGGAAUGCAUGCGGUCACCGCUGUCGUAACCACCGGGCCGGAUGGAACGCCCAUGGAUGAAGUCAGUCAGCAGAGCACGCUCUCGAAUGCAUCAGCGGCAUCCGGCGAGGACCCACAAUGCACCACACCAAAGUCGCGCAAGAAUGAUCCCUAUAGCCAAAGUCACUUAGCCCCGCCGAGCACGUCGCCCCAUCCGGUUGUGAUGCACCCAGGUGGCGGAGGCCCCGGUGAGGAGUACGACAUGAGUUCACCUCCCAAUUGGCCACGUCCGGCUGGUAGCCCGCAGGUGUUUAACCAUGCUCCGGUGCCGCAGGAGCCAUUCCGCAGCACCAUCACCACGACCAAGAAGUCGGACUCGCUGUGCAAGCUGUACGAGAUGGACGACAACCCGGACAGACGCGGCUGGCUGGACAAGCUGCGGGCGUUCAUGGAGGAGCGGCGCACUCCGAUCACCGCCUGCCCCACCAUCUCAAAACAGCCACUCGAUUUAUAUAGGUUAUAUAUUUAUGUAAAAGAACGUGGCGGAUUCGUCGAGGUAUGCAAGGUGACCAAGAGCAAGACCUGGAAGGACAUUGCCGGACUUUUAGGCAUCGGGGCGAGUAGCAGUGCGGCAUACACGCUGCGAAAGCACUACACCAAGAACCUUCUGACCUUCGAGUGCCACUUUGACCGCGGUGACAUCGAUCCCCUGCCCAUCAUCCAGCAGGUGGAGGCGGGCAGCAAGAAGAAGACGGCCAAGGCUGCCUCGGUUCCUUCGCCAGGUGGUGGACAUUUGGAUGCUGGAACUACGAACUCCACAGGUUCCUCGAACUCUCAGGACUCGUUCCCUGCCCCGCCAGGCUCCGCUCCAAACGCGGCGAUCGAUGGCUAUCCCGGCUAUCCGGGAGGCAGUCCCUACCCGGGAGCCAGCGGACCGCAGCCGGAUUAUGCGGCCACGGGCCAAAUGCAACGUCCGCCUUCCCAGAACAACCCGCAGACUCCUCAUCCCGGCGCCGCCGCAGCCGCUGUUGCCGCCGGCGAUAAUAUAAGCGUGAGCAAUCCCUUCGAGGAUCCCAUUGCCGCCGCUGGCCCGGGUUCGGGAGCCGGUCCUGGCCCAGGUCCAGGUGCAGGUCCAGGUGCUGGUCCCGGUGGUGCUGGAGCUGUUGCUGCUGUAGGCGGUGGCCCACAGCCACAUCCGCCGCCCCCACAUUCACCGCACACCGCAGCCCAACAGGCGGCAGCAGCCCAACAGCAACAACAGCAGCAUCCACAGCAUCAGCAUCCUGGCCUGCCGGUGGGACCACCGCCGCCGGCACAGCAGCAACAGCAGCAGCAGCAGGGGCAGCAGCCCCAACCGCCAGUGGGCGGUGGGCCACCACCAGCACCACAGCAACAUGGGCCUGGUCAGGUGCCGCCGUCGCCUCAGCAGCAUGUGCGCCCAGCCGCCGGGGCACCUUACCCGCCGGGUGGCUCCGGCUACCCAACGCCUGUGUCUAGAACGCCAGGCUCACCGUAUCCAUCACAGCCCGGGGCUUACGGGCAGUACGGCUCGAGCGAUCAGUACAACGCCACUGGGCCACCCGGCCAGCCAUUCGGACAGGGUCCAGGACAAUAUCCGCCGCAGAACCGAAACAUGUACCCUCCCUACGGACCGGAGGGGGAAGCUCCUCCAACUGGUGCCAAUCAGUACGGCCCCUAUGGCAGCCGACCCUACAGUCAGCCACCGCCAGGUGGUCCUCAGCCACCGGCGCAGACGGUUGCAGGCGGACCCCCGGCCGGCGGAGCUCCAGGAGCACCACCCAGCAGCGCCUAUCCUACGGGCAGGCCCACCCAGCAGGACUACUAUCAACCACCACCAGAUCAAAGUCCACAGCCACGAAGGCAUCCCGAUUUCAUCAAAGACUCGCAGCCCUAUCCAGGCUACAACGCUAGGCCUCAAAUAUAUGGUGCUUGGCAAGGCGGUACGCAGCAGUAUCGGCCACAAUACCCAACUUCGCCUGCUCCGCAAAGCUGGGGAGGUGCUCCACCACGCGGUGCUGCGCCUCCGCAGGGCGCACCGCAUGGACCGCCCAUCCAGCAGCCAGCGGGAGUGGCCCAGUGGGAUCAGCACCGCUACCCGCCGCAGCAAGGUCCUCCACCACCACCCCAGCAGCAGCAGCAGCCUCAACAGCAACAGCAGCAGCCGCCGUAUCAGCAGGUGGCUGGGCCUCCUGGACAGCAGCCGCCUCAGGCGCCGCCACAGUGGGCACAGAUGAAUGCCGGUCAAGCGGCGCAGCCAGGAAUAGCACCACCCGGUUCCCCACUGCGCCCACCCUCCGGACCAGGUCAGCCGCAGAGGAUGCCCGGAAUGCCGCCACAGCAGCCACAAUCGCAACAACCGGGUGGAGUUCAACAACCACCGCCGCAACAGGCUACCCAUGGCGGCGUUCCGUCGCCAGGAUUACCCCAAGUGGGACCUGGAGGAAUGGUCAAGCCACCGUACGCUAUGCCACCGCCACCAUCACAGGGUGUGGGUCAGCAGGUGCCACCCAGCGGCAUGAUGGCCCAAAAGCAACCGCCGAUGCCGGGCCAAGUGAUGCAGCAACAGCCUCUGCAGCAGCAGCCUCCGCCGCAUCAACACCCCCAUCCUCAUCAGCAUCCACAGCACCAGCAUCCGCAUCAGAUUCCGCCCAAUCAGACUGCACCCGGCGGUGGAUACGGACCGCCAGGAAUGCCUGGAGGCGGAGCGCAGCUGGUGAAGAAGGAACUGAUCUUCCCGCACGAUAGCGUGGAGUCCACCACACCGGUGUUAUACCGGAGAAAGCGGCUUACGAAGGCAGACGUGUGCCCGGUGGAUCCAUGGCGGAUAUUUAUGGCCAUGCGAUCCGGUCUGCUGACCGAAUGCACCUGGGCGUUAGAUGUUCUCAAUGUACUACUGUUCGACGAUUCUACGGUGCAGUUCUUUGGCAUUUCAAACCUGCCCGGCCUGCUGACUCUGCUGCUGGAACACUUUCAGAAGAAUCUCGCCGAGAUGUUCGACGAACGGGAAAACGAGGAGCCAUCCUCUCUGCUAGCGGAGGAAGCGGUGGACGACGAUGCGGACAGCGGCACUGUGAUGUGUGAAAAGCUACGAAGCAGCGGGCGGCAGUCGCGAUGUGUUCGCAGCAUUAGCAGUUACAACCGCAGACGGCACUACGAGAACAUGGAUCGCAGUGGAAAGAGCGGACCCGGUAAUGACAGUGACUCUGAAGACGCCGACGAAGGCAUUGAUUUGGGACAGGUGCGAGUACAGCCCAAUCCCGAGGAGCGCUCACUGCUACUCUCCUUUACGCCCAAUUACACGAUGGUCACGCGGAAGGGUGUGCCAGUGCGCAUCCAGACCGCCGAUCACGACAUCUUCGUGGACGAGCGCCAGAAGGCGUGGGACAUAGACACUAACCGCCUGUACGAACAGCUGGAACCCGUGGGCAGCGAUGCCUGGACGUACGGAUUCACCGAACCAGAUCCCCUCGACGGCAUUAUCGACGUCUUCAAGUCUGAGAUUGUAAACAUUCCAUUUGCACGCUACGUCCGCUCUGAAAAGAAGGCGAAAACGCGGACGGAAGUGGCGACCACGGCCCGAAAGCCGGAAAUAAAGCAGGAGGAGAACAGUUCGGAGGAACAGGCGUUCAACAAGAAGAGGCGACUGGUGAGCGGCGGUAGCAGUAGCAGUGGACCUCAUGCUGAGGGCAAGAAGUCAAAGCUGGCGAGUGAGGAAUUCGCCCAACCAAUCGCGGAAGUCAAAAAGGAGCCUGGAACGGCUGACAGCGAUUGUCGCCCUGUUGACAUGGAUAUCGAAGCGCCCCAGCAACGUUUGACCAACGGCGUGGCACCCUGCUCCUCGAAUCCUGACACCUUUGAUCCCCGGACGACAGCCAAAGAUGUGGCGCGUGUGCUGCAGCGGAGGCGUGACUCCAGCUUUGAGGAUGAGUGCUACACACGCGACGAGGCGUCCCUGCACUUGGUCAAUGAAAGCCAAGAUUCAUUGGCGCGCCGCUGCAUCGCCCUUUCCAACAUCUUCCGCAACCUGACGUUCGUACCCGGCAACGAGACAGUGCUGGCCAAGUCCACCAGGUUCUUGGCGGUGCUCGGACGACUGCUCCUACUAAACCACGAGCACCUGCGUCGCACGCCCAAGACACGGAACUACGAUCGCGAGGAGGACACGGACUUUAGUGACUCGUGCAGCUCGCUGCAAGGAGAGCGUGAAUGGUGGUGGGACUACUUGAUCACCAUUCGGGAGAAUAUGCUGGUCGCCAUGGCCAACAUUGCCGGUCACUUGGAGUUGUCGCGUUACGAUGAGCUCAUCGCCCGCCCCCUGAUUGACGGUCUGCUGCACUGGGCCGUAUGUCCGAGUGCCCAUGGCCAGGAUCCGUUCCCAUCGUGCGGACCCAACACGGCGCUCUCUCCGCAGCGCCUGGCGCUCGAGGCGCUCUGCAAGCUGUGCGUAACGGAUGCCAACGUGGAUCUGGUGAUUGCUACUCCCCCAUUCUCGCGGCUCGAGAAGCUGUGCGCCGUUCUCACCCGACAUCUGUGCCGUAACGAGGAUCAGGUGCUGCGAGAGUUCUCUGUGAAUCUGCUGCACUACCUUGCCGCCGCCGACAGCGCUAUGGCUCGCACUGUGGCCCUCCAGUCGCCAUGCAUCUCCUAUCUGGUUGCCUUCAUCGAACAGGCUGAGCAAACGGCGCUGGGCGUGGCGAACCAGCAUGGCAUCAACUACCUGCGCGAGAAUCCAGACUCGAUGGGCACCAGCCUGGACAUGCUGCGGCGAGCAGCUGGAACCCUGCUCCAUCUGGCCAAGCACCCAGACAACCGGUCCCUGUUCAUGCAGCAGGAACAGCGGCUGCUUGGUCUGGUCAUGUCGCACAUCCUAGAUCAGCAGGUGGCUUUGAUUAUUUCGCGGGUACUCUACCAAGUGUCGCGAGGAACUGGACCCAUACACUCCGUGGAGUUCCGCCUGCUGCAGCAGCGACAGCAACAACAGCUGCGUCCUGGAGCAGCGGAGAAGCAAGCUGCCAGUGCAGCAGCAGCAGCAGUAGUCAAGGCGGAGUCAGCGUCGUCGGAAACGAGUUCCACUGAUGCAAAGCCUGCAGCAUCAACAUCCACAACAGCAGUGGUGAAUGAUGAGAACAGCAACAGCAGCCAGCAGUUGCCGCCGGCAGCGACGUUUAACGACGUGAGCAACAGCAGCACCAAUAGCAACAGCUGCGGAACGGCCAGCAGCAACCAGACGAACAACAGCACCACCAACAGCAGCCACAGCAGCAGUGCAAUCAGCAGCCAAUCGACGCUCACAGUGGCAGCCACAUCGGUCGGAGCACCGGGAGCAACAUCCGCGGCAGCAGCAGCAGCAGCAAUGGUCAACGAUCAGCAGCAGCAGGUGAGCAAGGUGGCUGCAGCGGCAGCCGCAGCUGCGGCUCUGAGCAAUGCCAGUGCAGCGGCAGCAGCAGCUGCGGCGGCGGCUGCAGCGGCUUCCGUUGCCCCACCCUCGUCGUCGUCUUCGAAUGUGUCCGCCGGAGCGGCGGUGGCACAGCCAGCGGCACCGCCGCCAACCAAUGCAGGAACAACGACAGCCGUUGCGUAGUAUACGACAAUGAUGCCAGCAUCCUACUACUGGCCACGAACCCCCCGAGGGGCAGUCGACUAAGCUGGAGUUGGAAAUGGAUGUGGAGGAACAGCGGACCCGGGAGCAACUCCGAGGUGCAAGAUGAUGAUCGGGGAGGAGAUCCCUGGAGUCAGUGUAGAGAAGGCAUGUAAAUUUACUUAAAUGGCGCCUGGGAGAGGGAGUCCUUGGAGCUCAAGGAUACGUAAACGGGAACUCAGCAGCAGCAAGGAAUGUCUCUGCGAUGGAUUUGGCUCACCUAUAUCCAUCACUGUAACAGUCAAUACAAUAACAACUGUAUAUUUUUUCACUCAAAUCUAAAAAUAGUAAAUAUGAUAACUAAACCCUAAGCGUUAAGCAAUUGCAGCAGCAAAAUAAUGAUAAUACGAAAUGAAAACUGUUGUUUAGGGCGAAAGCUAGAACAGAACAACUGAGACAUCCUAUCGGAGGAUUAUUAUUGAGACGACGAACAUGAUGCGGUAGUUAUAACGAUGGGAAGAUCGAAAUUCAAGCACACAGCAUACUUAUUGUAUUAAAUUUAAUAAAAAACGACGAAGGGACGAGAAAGGAGGAAUAACUAACACAUACAUAUGCAUACGCACGCUAUGGUUUAUCGUAUAUUAAAUAUAUAUAUAAAUAAAUGCAUAAAUUAACAUUAAAUUACAUGAGAAUGAAUUGUGUAUGUAAAAGGGAUGAAUGCAUACAUACGUACAUCUAGACAUUGAUAUAAAUAUAUAGAGAAUAGUUUUUAAAUUCUACCACUUACUAAUACCUACAUAUUACCACAAUGUGCAGCAUUGGAACUCAUAAACUGAACAAACUGAACAGUAGAAAGCAUACGGAAAUAUCUAAAACCCAAGCCCCAUAUAAUAUGACCUAUUGUACUGCAGUUUAAUGGAUUUUAUGUGGACUAGGGCAACGCAGAAGAUUUAACGAUAGGAGACGAUGAUGAUUAAAACAAUUGUACAUACUUAACUAUUAUGUAAAUUUCACUGUAUUUUUGUUUUUUACGCAAUGUUAGAAGGCACAUGAAAGUGGCAGCACUGCAUUUCGUAUUAUGUUUGUGUGUAUGUUGUGUGGAUGGUCUGCGAAAAUUCCAAUUUCUUAGUUUUAAUCGCAUAAAUCGGAGGCGAAGUAAAACGAAACAAGCAUACAAAUGAAAAAUUUAAAUUAAAAUCAAAUUAGGUGAUAUAAAUAUAUAAAUAUGCAUAACAUAUACAUACAUACUGAACAUAACAAAUUGAUAAAUUGAACACCCUAAUGCUGUAAUUUUAUGUUAACUGUAUUAUUUGCUGGAAGUGCUGCUGCUUCAUUUUAUUUUAUAUCGAACUUACUUAAGGCCUAAAUGACAAGAUAAAUAAUUAGGUUUUUAUCUUAAUCUUAAUUUAAAAUAUUAAAUAAAUAAAACCAAGAAAACAAACAAAACAAAACACAACCAUAAAAUGCUAUAAAACACAAAGCGAAGCAAAUCGAACUAAAGCUGUAGAGAAGCACGCAAAUAC